AUGGCAGAGAAGUGGGAUGCAUGGGGCCCUGCUGAAAAGCCUGGAGUCUACCCUAGACAGAACUUCGCAUUAGCUGUGGUAGCGGGGACGCCUCUGAUAUCCCUUGCUUUCACAUCUUUGCGAUUACAUGCAAAGAGAAAAUCUGGAUGGGGGCUAGAUGAUCUGACAAUUACUCUUGCGACAAUGAACUUGGAAAAACUAACGGAUGCAGCUUUUAUCCAUUGUCAUAAUAUACCCCUCGUGGAGGUAUAUAAAACUAUGGCACUCUGGUAUUCACAUAUGGGAUAUCAACCAGAGAAGGCUAGAGCCGCCGAUGGAUCAAAGUUAUAA